GGUGCGGACACACCGAGGGAGAGGAGGAGGAGGUCAUUCCGGCUCCAUCGCCGGUGCGAGCGAGAGAGAACCACAGCCUGGGAGAGGGGGCGGUCCGGGAGGAAGGGGAGGCUCCGCGGACGCGACAAAUCCAGAGUCAGGCCCCCCCUCCCCGUGCCCGGCGUUGGCGGUGAAUCCGCGGAGGCGGCCUCCGGGCGACGGCGGCCAUCUUGGUAAAGGGGGGGUGGAGACUAGCAGAAGAUGAUGAUGAUUUACAACUGGAACUCUCAAGCCGAGUGUCAUAUCAAGAUGUGACCGAGUCCCUCGAGUCAUCGAAAUAUGAAUCUCUUCAAGUUUGGAAUUUUGUGGUGAAAAGAUUUGUCACCUCUGGCUGUGAUCGAAGACGUCGGCGAAGAGGAGGUUUUGCAGUCGGGAAACCGUGACACCAAACGUCACCUAUGGAUCUGACCGAGUCGCCUGAUUUAUCACCGUGCGAGCACCAUCCAUCACUGAACCCGGAAGAAGACCUCGCUGUUCACAGCGGCGACGAGCUGUACAUCUGCUCUGAGUGUGGACUGAGCUUCCCCCAGUCGUCUGGCCUGUCGCAGCAUAACUGCAGUGCGAUCGAGGAAAGCCACCGGCCCUGCCAGACCGGGGGGAGGCCGUACACCUGCACCGUGUGUGGGAAGGGAUUCACUCGGCCGUCCCACCUGCAGGCCCACUGGCGGGUUCACACCGAGGAGAGGCCUUUCGAUUGCCCGGACUGCGGGAAAUGCUUUAAAAGUCCCGCGGAGCUGAUGCGCCACAGGCGCGUGCACACCGGGGAGAGGCCGUUCAGGUGCUCGCACUGUGGGAUUGGGUUCAGGCAGUCCUCUCACCUCAUUAAGCACAAGAGGGUUCACACCGGGGAGAAGCCGUUCACCUGCUCCGUGUGCGGGAAGGGGUUCAGUCACUCGUUCAAUCUGCUGACCCACCAGCGAGUUCACACCGGGGAGAGGCCGUUCUCCUGCUUGAAGUGCGGGGAGGUCUUCACGCAGUCCUCCAGCCUGAUAAGACACCAGCAAACUCACAGCGGGGCCAGGCCAUUCACCUGCUCCACGUGUGGGAAGGGCUUUGCUCAGUUAUCCAGCCUGCUGAAGCACCAGCCAGUUCACACUCGGGAGAAAUCCUUCACCUGCUCCGAGUGUGGGAAGGGAUUCACUUGGUUGUCCAACCUGCUGAAACACCAGCCGGUUCACGCUGGGGGCGCUUCACUCAGCUGCUCCAAGUGUGGGAAGGGGUUCGAUCGGGCGAGCUCCCUGCUGUUACACCAGCGGGCGCACACCGCGGAGAGGGCGUUCGCCUGCGCUUUGUGUGGGAAGGCAUUCACUCGGCCGUCCCACCUCCAAGCCCACCUGCGGGUUCACACCGAGGAGAGGCCAUUUGAAUGCCAGGACUGCGGGACGUGCUUCAAAAGUUCCGGGGAACUGAUGCGGCACCGGCGUGUUCACACCGACGAGAGGCCGUUCAAGUGCCCUCACUGCGGACUUGGGUUCAGGCAGUCCUCUCACCUCGCCAAACACCAGAGCGUUCACACCGGGGAGAAGCCGUUCACCUGCUCCGUGUGCGGGAAGGGCUUCACUCGAUCGUGCAAUCUGCUGAGGCACCAGCGAGUUCACACCGGGGAGAGACCUUUUACCUGCUCCAAAUGUGGCAAGAGUUUCACUCAGUCAUCCAGUGUGAUGAGACACCAGCGGGUGCAUCAGUAACUGCAUUGAUACGAUUUUGUUGUUCCUCACACCCAGGGUUGAACCUUAUUUUGCUUAUUUUGACAGCUGGGUUUUGUUUCAGUUGAUGUUAGUAAUUCUUGUAACUUGUCUGCGGUUCAAUAUUCUUGAUUUCGCUUAAUUAAAUCAGCCUUCUGUUUGACA